CAUGUUUUACCUAAUUUUUGGUCAUCCAUCAGAGGGACUCAUCCAAAAUCGUCUACAUACUCGGGUGUGGUAGAAGGCGAUAAGCCCAGAAGGGGCUUCCUCACUGAGCUUCCUCUCUCCUUCAACAAUGGCUUCCCUCACUUCCUGUUCUUGUUGCUGUUCCUAUGCUUCCCAAUUGCUUCGUCGCUCCAAAUUGCCGUUUUCACCAUUUCCUUCCUCCACCUUCUCUCCUUUCACCAUUUCGAAGCGCACAACACUUCUCUUAGCAGCGGCGAAGAAGAAGGACUCCGAUUCAGUUCCUGCAGUGACAAAGGAAACUACGAAUUCUAAGGCUAAAACAGGUGGAAAAGAGGAAGAAUUUGUGGAGGUUGAAGAAGAUUUGCCAUGGUAUCAGGAGAAGGCCUUGGACCUCGUGGAGUUCACUGGUUCCGUCACUCAGGCAAUUCCUGGCCCUAGGGUUGGCCAGAGCUCGUUGCCUUGGAUCCUUGCUGUUCCUCUUGCUUAUUUAGGCGUCACUUUUGUUAUCGCUUUCGUUAAGACUGUUCGGAAGUUUAAUUCCCCCAAAGAAAAACGCCGGAGACAGGUCACAAAAAAUGCCAUUCUUUGCAAAUCAGUAGAUGAGCUGCUUGAGAGAGGAAGGGAUGAAGUAAAACCUGAGGCUCUUGCUGAAAUUGUGCAGAAGACAGGUUUUGGUGUCGAUGAAAUUCUGCGGAAGUACAUCCGUUAUGCACUGAAUGAAAAGCCUUUCAACCCUGAAUUGGUUGCCAACCUAAUUCAGCUGAGAAAAGCUUCUCCAUUGAAAGAUACUCAGGUUGCGGAAAUUCUGAACGAGGUGUCAAGAAGGAUUGAGAGAGAUAAAGGUCCAGUUGUCAUGAAUAUGUCAGGUUAUACCGAGAAGGGUUUCAAGAGAAAACUAGCCGUACAGGCCCUUUUUGGCAAAAUCUUCUACCUGUCUGAGCUGCCGGAAUUCUGUUCGCGGGAUAGCUCUUUAACUGUUAAAGAAAUAUUUGGUGUUACAGAUGAAGAUGCUGAAAAACUAAGAAUACACACACUCUCUGAAGUUGGGGACAUGGAUUCUCUACAAAAGAUGGCUGACAUUUCAGAUUCAGAAGAUUUAAAAGAUGACUCAUCUGAUGAUUGAAAUGAUUAGAAGAGUAUUGUACUGUUUUUCUGGGAGGUGAGACUAUAACUGUAACUCUAACAAUAGGAUUUUUCUUUAAAAAAUUUAAUUUCAACUUGCAAUAUGAAUUUUUUGUAGGAUAAA